GCUAAGGUACCUUUGUGGUUAACAAUACAGAGGUGCUAGGGCGGUGAGGAUAUGAACCAGGGUCCAAAAGUUGCGAGAGCGGCAGAAAUGCGGGGCAACAGUGUCUUGAACUCUUGAUGAGCCAACCCCACCAUCCAUUCGCAAGGAUAGUCACUGACACACUUCAGUUUUGCCAGACCUGCAGACACUCUUCACCUGGUUACUUCUCAUCACCACUGCAUCAACACCAUCAUCAACAGUCGUCUUUCCAAAGCGAAGAUGCCCGCGAUCGAGGACACCGCCUCACAAGGGGAGGGAGCAACAAACGAUGAGCUGCGAUUCCCUCCAGUAACGAGGGAACACAUCCUCCACUGCUCCUACGACUACUGGUUUCCCAAAUACCGCAGCUCUUGCAUCCGCUCCCGCAUCAUUCCUCUCACCCCAGACUUCAUCUCGUACAUCCAGGAAGAUGGCAUCAUCCUCGCCGACGAAGACAACGGCAAAAGCAGCAACAGCGCCAACCCCGACGACGACGACGACGAUGACGACUGGGAACCUUCUUUCCCCACCUCCUCAGCACCCCCACCCCGCCCUGAAACCGACGAAGUCGACUCCUCCUCAGAAGAAGAUUCGGACGAUGACUCCCCAACACCGCCCCGUCGCCAGCCUCCCAACCUUCGCUUUCCCUCCCUUCACGCAUCCAUAACCGAGGCCAUCGCCUCCCUAGGCGGCGCCGCCUGCCCCAAACUGAACUGGUCCUCGCCCAAGGACGCGACCUGGAUCUCGCGGCACCCAAACACAAUGAAAUGCACCUCAGCCAACGACGUGUACAUACUGCUCAAGUCGUCGUCCUUCAUAAGUCACGACUUGACGCACGCCUUUGACGGGACUAUCCCGGCAGCAGCAGCUGCUGCUCCCAGCCCAAGCUCUGCUUCCAGCAGCAGUAACAGCAACAACAACAAUAAUAACAGCGGAGAAUUAGAUUUCCGCCCCGUCCUGGUGCUCCGGAGCUACUUCAACCCGCUCCCGUCUCUCGAAUUCCGGUGUUUUGUCAAGGACCGGAGCCUGGUCGCCAUCUCGCAGCGGGACCUGAAUUACUACUCCUUCCUGCCGUCGCUGCGGCCACAAAUUGUGCGCCGCGCGCGGGAGGUGUUCGCCAAGAUGCGCUUUAGCUUUCCGGAGGCCUGUUUCGUGUUUGACGUGUACAUUCCCGAGGCCGACUAUGAUGACGCCGAAGAAGAAGGGAUGACGCUGGGCCGGGCACGCCUGAUCGACAUCAACCCCUGGGCGCCCAGGACAGAUACCCUGCUUUUUGACUGGCGCGAGUUGUUGGAUAUGACGGGGCUGCGAGGGGAAGAUGAAGAGGGCGGGAAGGAUAGAGGUUGGGUAACUAGGACGGAUGAGGAGGACGAAGAAGACGAAGAGGAGGAUGAGGAGACUGAGCCAGAAGUGAGGCUCGUCGAGAAGGACGAUCCGGCCGCGUACAACUUCAGCUCGCCACAGUAUUCGGCGCAUAAGCUGCCCAAGGAGGUGGUCGAUGCUAGUCUCGCGGGGGAGGGCGGGAUCCGGGAGUUUGCGCAGCGCUGGGAGAGGAUGACUCAGGGAAGGUAA